UAUGCUAGUGGCGGUGGAAUUGUGGGUGAACAAAGUUCUGGGCAAGUGGUUUCCAGCGGGGAGGCCGAAGCCGGUGGUAGUGGGACCUCUGUCUUAACUAGUGAUGCCGGUAAAAAACGCAAGAAACCUGCUGUUGCUUUGACUGGUAGCCCUGAUGUCUCUGGCACUAAUACCGGGGGUGGAGGCUCUGGAUCGGGUGCAGGGUCGGCGACAGGCGCUUCCUCCUGGCGGACUAGUAAGGCAUCGAAACAGCGCAGAGAUUCGACCAGUGAGGAGGGUCAGAAUGAGAGCUGA